CCCCGUCCUUUCCGGGACAUGGCAGCAGGACAGCCAGCAGCCGCUCUGUCGUUCGCGCUGUGCGCUGUGGUCACCUGUUAGCUCCCAGACGGGCGGCCGUGAGCGCUGCUGGUGGCGUUCCGGAGGGCCUGUCUGGCUGAGGCUGAGGUGGGAGGCAGGCCUUCAGCCGGAGGCCCGUGGCGUCACCUCGCCCCGCUGCGUGUGCACACCAGCAAUGACGGCCCCCCAGUAUGUCCUCUGCACGUGGAAGAGGCGGCUGUGGCCCGCCAAGGUUUUGGCCAGAACCAAGGCUUCAACAAAAAAUAAGAGAAAAAAGGAAUUCUUUCUAGAUAUUCAAAUUCUCUCCUUGGAGGAAAAGUUAAGUGCUGGUUUUUUUAAAAAUGCUAUUUCUUUUCCACCUGGGACUGGUGCGCCCCUAGAGGCCCCUCCCCGCAAACAGUGCGGCAGGCCGGCGGCCGUUACCCGGAGUGCUGCCACCCCUCGGUGCUCGUCCUCGCCUUGCGAGGGGCACGGCCGGCGUGCUUUACGUCGGUUUGGAAACGGGACCGGGACGAGGUGCCCUGGGAGCCGGACGGGGAUCCGAGUAGCAGACGGUAAAUGCAAGACCAGGCUGUGGAGGCUCGCAGGAGGUCUCCUGCCCACGCUCUGCCCUUUCGGAGCCCUGGGUGUCAGGCCCUUCUGUUCGGAGACGGGGUUUGAGCCUGUCACUCUAAUGAGAACCUGUCACCCGGCACCGAAAGGUGAAUCCUUGGCCUGCAGACGGCUCUGCUGUCCCGCCACGGGUCAUCCGCUGGUGACUGCGGUGCAGGCCGCGGAGGUCUGGUGUCUGCAGAGCCCAGACGGCGUGGGGGCCCGGGCGCCCCGUCCCUGCUCCGGUCCCCCUUUGCAUGCAGCGUCUCCCCACCCCCUCCUCCCCGCGCCCCUCUCCCGGAGCUCGCCCGGGUGGUCCCCAGCCCGCACUUUCCCUGCGGCGGGGAGGGCCCUGCGGCGGUCCCAGAUCGAAGGCAUCGCCGCCUCCUUAGGUGAGCUGGCGGCCCUCGGGGCCGGGACGCGGGAGGGGCUCAGGGGCGGCGAGGACGUGGUGCCCGGCAGGGCGCUCCCUGCCCCAGGCCUCUUCACACAGGGCCCCUGCCGCGGCCAGGAGGGGCUGCCCUGGGACGCCGGGGCCAGGCCAGUCAGGGUCACGUUGGUCCCUGUCCCCUUCUGCGGCCUCAGGGCCUGCAGGACAAGAGUCGUGGGUGCCGCACCCCCGGGGCUCCAGGCUGUGAAGGGCGGAGUUGGCGCGCUGCACAGGGGGACGCUCGAGCGCUUCCUGUCCCUCCCUCGCCCGCUCGCCCGUGUCCGUCCCUCCCCCACCCGUGUCCGUCCGUCCCUCACCCAUGGACCGUCUAACCCAGUGUCCUUGGCAGACUGGCCGUCGUCUGAGGGGUCCGCGGAGUCGCAUUCUGUCAGCCCUCUCCUGGAGGGGGACGAGGAUGACGAGGAGCCGCCCCCCAUCCUCCUCUACCACGAGCCUCGCUCGUUUGAAGUGGGGAUGCUGGUCUGGCUGAAAUACCACAAGUACCCCUUCUGGCCCGCGGUGGUAAGAACCCCUCCCGUCUCCUGUGCUGGGCACCCCGGGCAGCCACGUCCGCCCUCGACCCUCGACGGCCCGGCCGCCUUCCUCGGAGACUGGCACUGGGCCGGGGCCGACGGCGCCCUUGGCAAGGCCUGGCUGCGGGAGCGUCACCCCCGCGGGGACGCGGCCCACCCGGCCCGCCCCAGGAUCACCGUGUGUCUGCGGAGGCUGAAGCACUUCGACUGCAAGGAGAAGCAGGCCCUCCUGAGUGAAGCCAGGGAGGACUUCGAGCAGGCCAUUGGCUGGUGUGUCUCCCUCAUCACCGACUACCGGGUCCGGCUGGGCUGCGGGUCCUUCUCCGGCUCCUUCCUGGAAUACUACGCGGCUGACAUCAGUGAGCCGGCCCUCCGCUCCCCUCCCCCCCGGUGCCCCUGCGGCUCAGGCACCCAGUUCCCACAGCUGAGCUCGGGGGACCCUGAGGAGCCUGCGGCCGGCACCCCCCUGGGGCAGAGGCAGCCCUGCAGGAAAGUGCUGCCCGACCGCUCGCGGGCCGCCCGGGACCGUGCCAACCAGCGGCUGGUGGGACGACGGGUUGGCCGAUCGGAGGAGCACCUGCAGGCCGUGCUGCGGGGCAGGACACCAUCCCGCUGGCUGCAGGCCUUCCUGAGCGCCGGCCGCUGCGUGACCUGCCUGGAGACCUACCUGGAGGAUGAGGGCCAGCUGGACCUGGUGGUGCAGUACCUGCAGGGCGUCUACCAGGGCGCACGGCGCCACGGCGGCCUGGCUCACAUCCACGGCGACAGGGUCCGCUUCAUCCUGGAUGUCCUCCUGCCUGAGGCCAUCAUCUCUGCGAUAGCCGCGGUGGACGGGGUGGAUUACAGGACGGCCGAGGAGAAGUACCUGCAGGGGCCCUCGCUGAGCUACCGGGAGAAGGAGCUGUUCGACAGCCAGCUUCUGGAAGAGAGGAGCCGGCGCCGUCGGUGACUGCUCAGCUCGUGGGGUGCCGAGUGCCGCCUGCCACCGAGGAGCCCGGGCUGGCAGCACCGGGCUCUGCACGUCGGCCCGAGCACGUCGCCCUCGGGGCUGCCUGGGCCCCGCACUUUCCAUCCGGUCCCCGCGCCCCGAGCUGUCGGUUUCCUCCCCACCGGGCCGGUCCCGUCCCUGGUGCGUGUGGCAGGAGCAGCUGCGGCUGUGAGGACAGCCCGCAUGGGCACCGUGGUGUGCGCUGGCAUUAAAGGAGUCGCCCCUGACCCUG